UGCGGCGGCCCUGGACUGUGGCAUUCCCUUCCCUCUCUGCUCCUCCUCCCCCUUCUCCGCUCCUCUUCACUCCUCCCCCUCACUGGACCUCUGGAGAGGUGGUUGGGAGCCGUGGCCAGAGCCGCGGAUCCGCACGGCGUGAACCUGACCUGGAAAUUCUGCCUCGGCUGGAGCCUAGCUGUAUGACUUCGGUCCCCUCGCCGGCCUGCCGCCUGCCACUCCCUCUCUCUCCUCGGUUCAAUAAAGUUAGCCUGUUCAAAAAGGGACGCCCUAGUCUGGGCCCUGCCUCUGUCCCUCCCUCGCCGCUUGCCCGGCCCUUGGACCCCUCCUUCCUGCGCUCUGGGCCCAGCCCAUUAGCGUCGCCGUCGCAGGCGAAGGGGCGGAGAAGUCGUCAGCGUGGGGCGGCCCCUACUGUGUCUAGAGGGUCCCAGGAGACCUCGAGUCAGACAGAAGCUGGCCAAAAGCCAGGCAUCAUGGCUGCACGAUCCCUCUUUAGAGCUCUGGUAUCAGCCAAGUGGGUGGCUAAGUCCUUGAAGGAGUCCCAGCCCCUGAAGCUGCUGGACGCUUCAUGGUACCUGCCAAAGUUGGAACGAGACCCUCGGCAGGAGUUUGAAGAAGGUCACAUCCCUGGAGCAGCCUUCUUCGACAUCGACCUCUGCAGCGACCAGACGUCCCCCUACGACCACAUGCUGCCCAAUGCGGCAGAGUUCGCCGAGUAUGUUGGCAAGCUGGGGGUGGGGAAUGGCACCCACGUGGUGGUGUACGAUGCCAGCGACCAGGGCUCCUUCUCCGCCCCCCGACUAUGGUGGAUGUUCAGGGCCUUUGGGCACGAGACUGUCUCACUGCUGGAUGGAGGAUUAAGGAACUGGAAGCGGGAGGGCUAUCCGCUGAGCUCUGGCAGGGCCCGCCCAAUUCAAGCAGAGUUCCAGGCCACCCUAAACCCGACGUUUGUGAAGACCUAUGAAGACAUCAAAGACAACAUUGAAUCACACCAGUUGCAGGUUGUAGAUGCUCGUGUUGAAGGGCGCUUCAGGGGCAUUGAGCCAGAACCCCGGGAAGGCAUUGAACCUGGCCACAUCCCUGGCACCUUGAACAUCCCCUUCACCGACUUCCUGACUGAGGAGGGCCUGGAGAAGAGCCCUGAUGCCAUCCAAAGAUUGUUCCAAGAGAAGAAGGUGGACCUCUCAAAGCCCCUGGUGGCAACUUGUGGCUCAGGUGUUACUGCCUGCCACGUAGCCCUGGGUGCGUAUCUCUGUGGCAAGCCUGAUGUGGCCAUCUAUGAUGGAGCCUGGGUGGAGUGGUACAUGCGUGCCCGGCCUGAGGAUGUCAUCUCAGAGGGCAGAGGCAAGACCCUCUGAGGCAAGGGCAGGCAGGGGACUUCUCCGCUCUCAGGCCACCGGCCUUUACCACCCCAGGAUGGGGGAUAGCCCAACCUUACAAUUUUUCUUAAGUCUUUUUUAAAUACAGUGGCCAAAUUUAUUAAUUUUUUUAAUUCUCAGGGUAUGGCCUGGAUGGCACACCCCACCCCUCCCUUCCAGAGGCCCUUGGAAUAUUCUGAUUCCCAGACAAAUGCUAUCUGUUGAAAGUGGGGAAAGGGCAUGGAGGACACCUUUGGCAGUGGUGAAGAGAUCUGUUUGGGUUGAUUGAAAUGGAGAAUGGGAGGAAAAGAGGGGCUUGCUGAGCCCCAAAUAUAGCCCUCUGAAAUUUAGCCUGUGCUGAUCACCAGACCUACCUCCUCCUAUCUUUUACUGUCAAUAAAUAUGAAGUGUUUAAUCUUUCUA